AUGGUGCAUACACGAGAUGUUGUAAUUCCCGUUCUCGCUCUCCUGUUGAUCCGGCCGGUUCUACAUCAGCUCUAUCUAUCUGAAGUCAUGACGAGACUGUCUAACACCGAAUCCCAAGUGCUUAAGAUCUCUACUAGACUCACAGCUGUGGAAGGGUCAAACAAAGCCACGUCCUGUCAAAAUUAUGUGCGAGUCGAAGGAGACUGCAGCGAAUAUCCUGAAAUCUCUCGUCACAGCAAAGAAAACAUCCACCUCUUCUCCUGCACUGGACAAUCUGUGGCUUGCGAUGGACAAAACAAAAGAUCAACUGGAAGAUUUGGCGAGAGUGAAAGAUCAGUUAAAGGUUCGUCGUGCGAAUGGCGAACUGAACCUGAAAAUUAUACAUCGUCGCGGAAUACCGGUAAUUGUGACAACUCUACACACAAAGACUAUACAAAUGACAAACGAACAGAAUCAGACAACGUCGGCGCAAUCGCAGCGUCUGAAUGUGUAGGUGCGUCGUACAGUUUCCCUCACUCCUUAAGUGAUUCUUGUGUUAGCGGUCCAGUGUCGGUGAGACCAGUGUCUAUAUAUUAUCAAAAUGUCAGGGGCGUAAGAACCAAAUUGCAUUUGCUGCGGCAAUCUAUUCCUCUUAAAGAUUAUGUUAUUUUCAUAUUAUCUGAAACUUGGUUGACUCCAGCAAUUAAUUCAUCUGAACUCGGUUUUACACGCUAUGACAUUUUUAGAAGUGACAGAUGUGUCACAACAAGUGAUAAGAAACUUGGAGGGGGUGUGCUAUUAGCUUCUAAGCGAUCAUUGUCGUGCACACUAAUUUGCCAUAAAGACAAAACUUUAGAGUAUACUAUUGUUAAAUUUAAAUUCAAUGGCUCUCUACAUAUUUUUGGAGCAUUUUACAUUCCCCCAAAUGCAAAUAUUGAAAAAUAUAAUGCAAUGUGCAAUAUAUUGGAGGACAUUUCAUUUUUAUUUCCACAUGCUGUUAUAUCCAUUCUUGGGGAUUUUAAUAUGCCUUAUGCUAUAUGGGACACUAAUCAUAAUGAUGACCCUUCUUGUUUUGCUAAACCGGGAUUAUUAAAAUUGCACUGUGAUGUUGCCGAAAAUGUUCCUAAUACAAUUGACUUUUUAGCUUUAAAACAAAUAAAUUACAUAGUGAACUCACAAAAUAACUUAUUAGAUUUAAUUUUUACUAACUCUAUUGAAUUUACACUUAGUAAAGUUACUGAUCCGCUUUUGCCCCUUGAUAAUUUUCAUCCAGUCUUUGUUUCUUCUUUAUAUACUUCUCCUGGUGAGAAUACUACUAGGAAUAACAAUAAUGUUAAUCGACAACAUUGUAAGACUUAUAAGUACGAUUUUGAUAAUGCGAAAACGGCUGAUAGCAUUCUUAACUAUCUUGAGGGUAAAACUCAGGUUGAUGUUGUUCACGCUGACUUUUCCAAAGCAUUCGAUAGAGUUGAUCACGCGUCCAUUGUUGAACGAUUUAAUGAAACACUCAAGAGAAAAAUGUGGAUGCAGUUUAGUUUACGAGGCAAUUACAAGUGGUGUGAUAUAUUAUCAAAUGUGAUUGCUAAUUAUAAUGAUUCCAAACAUCGAACAAUUGGAAUAAAACCGAAAGAUGUAACUUCAGAAGAUGUUCAUACUUUAAAAGGAAGAUUUUUAAAAUUAAGGAAAAUACCGCAGCGAAAACCAAAGUUUAAAAUUGGUGAUAACGUACGAGUCAGCAAAUUCAAAAACGUUUUUGAAAAAGGCUAUACUCCAAAUUGGACAACUAAAAUAUUUACCAUUGACAAAAUUGCAUCAACUACACCUGUGACUUACAAACUCCAGGAUUAA